AUGUACGACGAAUGGUUUAGAAAACCGACAUCUCGUGUGACUACUACUACUGUAUUUCUAAGGAUUGCAUAUGAAAUAGAUACAUAUAAAUUUCAGCCUGAACCUUCAAAGUAUAACAAUAUUGCUUUAUAUAUUCUUGCAACAUACUUGAUUACACAAAACACACAAAGUACACAAAGUGCACAAAGUACAUCAAAAUACAGCAAUUACUGCCUUGAAUUGUCAGUUUUUGAGCAUGUAUAUGUAUAUAGCUCCUAUUGUCAGCUUAUUGGGAUAUUUCGCAAAGAUAUCCUACUAACUAUAUUUACCAUUGAAAUUCAAUGGGGUUUCAACAGAACAGAAAAAAAAUGUACCCUUGCGUUGUGUUCAACUGGUUUGUAUCACGAUUACCAAACGGCGUUUUUUACCGACAAGGUUCUAUAA